UUUGCGCCUGCCACUCAAGAUACCACGGACCACAGACAUGGCACCUGCAAAGCCCACUCCCACUCCCAAAAGUCCAGCGCCACUCCCGGUAUUACCCCCGAUGCCGAGAGACGUGUCACUAAACAGUCGUACCAUGGGCUGUCGGCAAUCUCUCUGGGAUCACGUCAUGCGGCCACCAACACCAUCCCACGCGACAGUCUCGCACUUGUUCUGCGUAAGGAUCUCCAGACCGCUCUGAAAGAGAACAAAAGCCACCCUUUGCAAUGCUUUGGCCACAGACUGGUCACCUACAACAUCAAAGAUGAAAAGUCCGUUGUGGAGUUUCUUGCCGAAUGGGUCAAGGACAUGGAUGUCUCCGAAUCUUUGAGAGCCAGCAUGGAGUUUGGCUCGUCUCUUGGAGAGCAAGACUCCCCAGUGGCCAAGGAACUGGGAAUCUUCCACAGAGUCAUGCGUCAUUUCUCUAACAUGAGCACCUACAACAGCGCCGUUUAUGACUCUAUGAUUGACUGGUACAUCGAGUACUUGAGAAGGGAAGACGUCAACCUCAACGUGGUCUUCAGAAUUUGCCAGUUCGACGACAUUUUGCAGGAGGGAGGUCUGGUCCGCGUAUGCGCGAAUGUCUUCGUCCAUCACGGCAAGACUUUGUUCACACCGAAGAACUUCAAUGCCUUUGAGCUCUGGCUCCAAGAUCACAUCAGUCAGGACGUAAGAGACACCAUUCCGGGAGACGUUAUGGAUCCUGCGUUCGACCAAAACUGUGCAUACCACCACCAUGUUGAGGGCGAGACCUGCUACAAGCAAAAGAUUCGUGAGAGUAGGUACAAUUUUCACCAUAGAUACAAAAGUUAUCGGCCCUGGUAUGAGCUAGGACAAGUCAUGACUGGA